AAUGCUGACCGCCACGCGCGAAAGAUCGCGUUACGCUCGAUAUCCGUGUGUCGUCACGAGUCACUUCUGUCUGCUUUGACAGCCAGUCACGUCUCGCGUUUCUUCAUUGUGUUUACAUUCGUGAUGUACGAUCACCGAUCGAAUACGGUUCGUUCGCUCCCCGCUUAAAUAAAUUGUCGAUCCGAUUCGGUUGUUCGUUUCUUCGGUAUCUAAUCGCGAUUCCAGAGAGAGGGCACGUGUUAAUCAAACGAACCAUAUCGAAAGUGUGCAGUGCGUUCAAUUAUUCGCUGUGGGCGAUCAAAGAUAUUCGUAUACGCAAACGAGAUUAUCGUGCUCGGGGACAAUAUUUCUGUUGGCAAACACGAUCGAUACAAAGAGAAGACGACAUAGAUGGUUUUAUUUACGUCUCGUCUCGAGCAUACAGUGCCACGUUAACUUCGAAAUCGUCUGAAAUUACAUUCAAGAGAGAACAUUGUCACGACCGAGGCACGUUCCCAGCUAUCUCGCAGCUUCUUAACGAAGCACCCCGCCUUUAAACGAAUUUAACGAGACCACUCGUCCGUACGGUCAAUUCGUACCAACCCGCGUGGACUGAUCCAGGCGUCCCUCGCGUCUCCUCGCUCCAUUAGGGUUGACUGACCGACCGAGACGCAAGACCGUACUCCGGUCCCCGUGAUCAAAGAUACACAUCGUCGAGCGUGUACGAUGCGUUCGAUCGAUCGCCACACGGUGAUACAUCGGCGAGGAUAAACAAAGCGGACCGAAGCGAAAGAAGAUCGAAGAGGCGAAAGGAGCCAAAGGGCAAAGGAGCGCGUAACACUGGUUGGCGAUUGUUCGCCGAGAGAGAAAAAGAUUUCGAUAAGGAUUGUCCGUUACGCGAGCCUAGACGAUUCCUAGUUAACGAUCAACAAAAGUGGCUGGUAAUUAGAGCCGGAUUAAUUGGACCGCGAAGCAACUCGCGCCGGACGCGAUGAAAGAGAAGAGGGGCGCCGCGAGGAAGAGAGGGUCGCUCGAAUAAGCGUGCUUCGCGUGGCUUUCUUGUUUCGGGGAUUUUCGUCUCCUCGCGACGAAUUCCACCUAGUUCCCACCCCGUGUAAAUAUUUACCGAGACUGCCAGUGAACCCAGUGAUUGCCCGGAAUUGGAAUCACCUUUCCACGUGAUUCGUCACGAAUACGCGAAUCCAUAAUAGCUUCAGGAGUACUCGUCCUGUACUCGUUAGCUACUAACUAUUCAACGAUCGUACGUGUUUGUGGUCUCGGCCAUCGGUCUCGGCCAUUGUUUCCCCCCCCGCGCAUUCGACACAGAGCGCAGGAAGCUCGCGUAGCAAGCAAGCAAAACGCGAGUGGAAAGGUCGAAGAACAGCAAUCGAGGGGGUGUUGGAGGAGGGGUGGUGGUCGAUCGUGGUCACGAGCGCGAGGAAGCGGCGGCGGUCAGCGUGUCGGGGAUCGGGUCGGAUAAUGCGCCAUCGCGCGACAACGCGAUUUUCGGCGAUCGUGAGGAUAGAAUGUUGACAGCCCGUUCUGGGCCUCUUGGGCUCGGUGUCCCGCGAACCCUGGGGCCCGCCGAAGGGAGCGACCACCUCUUCCUUCUGCCCGAAAGAGCACUGAUCAUGGACAGCACCCACUUGAGACAGGACCUGGCAGGUCUCGACUUCAACUUGCACCUCAACCUGCUCCACACCGCGCCCCGCGGCAACGUCUGGCUAUCUGGAGCCGCUUCUGAGGAAACUAACCAAAGGUCCAGUUCUGCACACAAUCGCCACUCUCUCACGAAGGAGCAAACGAUGCACUGGUUCGCCCAAAUCGGAGGUGACGAGGCCUCUCCCGAUUCGUCAGAUGUGAAGCGCCGGCAGAGUCUCUACGACGAGGACUCCCUCGAUGGCGAUCAUCCUAGCGAGAACGAAGGACGGGAGUCGACGGGAAACGCGAAAGACGUGGACAGGGCGAAGCUCGUCCGUGAGAGACAGAACGAAGAACGGCAGCGGAAGUUGGAAGAGCUGAGACAGCAGGCGUUCGCCGCGCAACGUUUCCGGGAGCAACGGGAAGAGGAACGUCGAAGACGCAUCGACGAGCUCAGAUCGCGUGACAAUGACAGACGAAACCAAGUGGAGGAGAGGAAACGGUUGAUAUGCGAGGCGGAAAGGGAACGAAGGGAGGCGAUCCUCCGGAAGAACCAAGAGAGAGAGGCGCGUAUCGAGGCGAAGAAGAAGAACGAGAGGUCGCACAUCGUGUUCGCUUUCGGAAGCUCGACACCGAGGAUGCUGGAGCCGGCCGACACCGGCGGCUCCACUUUCUGGGGUACCCGUCGAGCAACGUCCACCACCAAUGUCAUGAUGUUCUCCGCCGCUCAACCGUUGACCAGGAGGUCUUCCGAAAGAGAGCUCGAUGGAAGCAAGAAACGAGCCACGUCCGCUGGUGGGCUCGAUCGGAAACCUGGCGAAGCGUUGAAUGGUUUGUUUGCAGAUAUGAGAAUGUCCUCGUCCAUGUACGAGGUGUUCAAUUGGAAUUCUAGCCCUGAUCCUCCCUUAACCCCCGCCAAACAUAAGAGAGCCAGCCUCUCUCUGCCUCCUACAACUGACAUCUUUGCCAUCGAUGAUAAGUCUGAUAGCGACACUAGGCGUCCGAUGAUUCAGCGGGCUGCCAGUGGUGAAGAAAGCGACGGAACGCCGGGAACCCCUAGCUCGGUUUAUCUGCGGGUGAACAGGAGGCGCACCGAUCUGAUGCCAACGAUACCGUCGCCACGUGACGGACCGCCGACAUCCGGGCGUAGCUCGAGCGCGAAGGCCUUCACACGUUCGCCAGGUAGGACUUACUCCAUGUCCAGGCUGGACCAACUGGCGCAGCCUAGGAAACGUCCGACAGAACUUAGCACAUUGACGGAACAGCAAAGCCAGCCUCUGAGCGCUUCUAGCAUGAGUCGCAGCAUGUCACAUUUAGCUGCGUCCGGGGGCAAGAGCCUGAAACGCUCAGAUAACUCUCGUAGCAUGGGUACAUUGCCAGGCGCGGUUCCGAUGCCGAGACCAACGAGGGCCGAGAGACUCCGUCGCAAAGCCCGCGAGCAUCAGAACCAACAGCAACAAGGCAUCCGCAGCGGGGAGGUGACACCGAACAGCCCAUCACGACCGCACAGCUCCAUGAGUCAGCAAAGCGCCAGCAGUGUGGGCAGCAGUAACGUCAAUCUGCGUCCCCGUACAGCUGCCCCGCGUCGACCGCGACCUGCUUCUAUUGCCGGUACCGGUGUUUCGGUCACAGAACGACACAAUCUAGUGAGCGAGACAAAGUCGCCGAAAGAUUCGAAGCCGCCACUGCCAAAGGUCCAUAGCACUCCAAAGAAAACGUCUGCACCGAAAUCGGCGGAGAUGAAGAAGCCGGCCGAGAAGCUGGUGAAGAACGCGAAGGCUUCGCCUCGGAUAACCCCGAAAGUGACACCGUUGCAGAGUCCUGGCGCCGAGAACGCUCCAUUGAUCCGCGGUAGUACCGGGGAGAUAAUAAAAAGCGAGGGGAAGGAGGAUAAAUUGGAGGAUAAGCACGAGGAGAAGAAAGAUCAAGGCAGCGAGAAAACGCAGCACGAGAUAAGCGCCGCGGAACAGGGUAACGACGAGGUGAAGAAGCCGGCCGUUAUAGAGCAAUCCAAUAUCGUGUCCAAGCAGGCGAAGGACGAGACUAAUUUGAAUCAGGAGAAUCAAUCGGCUGUGCGAUCUCAAGAAACGCCGAAAGCUGCCAAGAAGGAAGCCGAGGCCAAGUCCGAGAGCAACGUGGAGGAACAGGUCGAUAUGUCUGCAUCGAUGAUAGCGAAGAUCCGGAUCACUACGGAAGAGGAAGCUAAGGCAGCUAUAGCCGAACGUAGAAGAUUAGCUAGAGAGCAGGCUGAACGGGAAGCCGAACUUGAACGCCAACGACAGGAGGAGGAAGCCCGUUUAGAGGCCGAGAGAUUGCGCGCCGAAGAGGAGGAACAGCGGCGUUUGGAGGAGGAAACGCUUCGUUUGGCUAACGAAGCUCGAGAAGCUGAGGAACAGAGACUGAGACUGGCGAUAGAGGAAGCGAAACGUCGCGAGGAAGAGGACAGGAGAAGAAGGGAAGAGGAGGCUCGUCAGAAACAGGAGAAAGAGGAGGCUGAACGGAAAGCAAGGGAAGAAGCGGAAAGACAACGGAUCGAAAUGGCAGAACGCGUUAAGAGAGAAGAGGAAGAGAGACUCGCUAGACGUAAACGCGUCGAGGCAAUUAUGCUUAGAACCCGUGGAAAAAAUCAGAGUAACACACCUACGAAGGGUGAAGGUGGUGAUGGCGAUAAAUUGAAAGAAGACAGUCCUAACGAUGAAAAUAAAACAGCACCAGUUAAUAAAAGCGAGGAUGUUAUGACAGCCAGUCUGAUAUCCGAGGCGACUCAACAAUUCAUUAGCGGAGAGCAGCGUGCUCAUCAUACGGAAAACAAUACUACUACGGACAUUGUGCAUAACGGCACGCAUAGUAAUGGCAUUAAUGAAAAUAAAAUUGUAUUGGAUAAUAAUCAGGGUAAUGUGGAAGGAGAACUGAAUGGUCAUCAUACAAAUCAUGGAAACGGUAUCAACAGUCAAUCAAUUACACUGGAUAAUGCCACUGUCAAACAAAACAACGUGACCAACAACCUGUUAGACCUAACGGAAUUCGACUCUCUCAGUAAUAGCAGUAGUGGUCCAAUACUCCAACUGACAUCCAAUUUGGCCAAUGAAGACACCCUCAACUCGAACCUAAAUCCAGCAGCUAUACCUUUCACUCCAAUGGCAAACACGUAUAUGCCUACCGCUGCUAAUGCCAAUGUAAAUCCGUUCCAGGAUUCUUUUAUGAACAACAAACCACAAGAUAAUAGUCAAGUACCAGAUCUUUUAUCAUAAUGCGCGUAUUAAUCAUUCUGGUGAAAGGAAGAAGAGAGCGAUUGGAUUGAAAAAAAGAAUUAAGAAAAAAGAAUUAAAAAAGAAAAAAAAAAAAAGAAAUAAUAAUAAUAAAAUACCCGUGCUUUGCAGCGAGCAACGGGUAUAUAUAAUAUUCGAAACGAUGUCAUUUAUGAAAUAAUGUAAAUAAGCGCUAUCGAUGUGUAGAAAUGGAGACCUAAGUAGAGAAAAACGGGGGGCACUACGUCAAAAAGAAAAAGAAAAAGAAAAAGAAAAAAAAAAAGACUACUUUGUCCUUGAACGUCACGAGAAAUGUAAAAUAAUAUAUAAUGUUAAUUAUUAAUAUUAUGUAACAGCAAAUAGGCAAACUCAGUCCGUUAUCGUAUGCUAUUAGGUAUAAAUCUUUUUAGAAGAACCUUUAAAGGGAAUAAGGCCUGUUUAUAAAAUUAUUGAUUUGAAAUACGCGUAUAUAUAUUUUAUUGUAUUAAAAAAAAAAAAAAAUUUUUUUUUUCAUUAAAUCAAUUUCACGCGUAUAAUUACAAUUCGCCCAUAAACGUGUCGCGUUUAGAAAAGUUUUUAUCGAGAAUUGUAAUGGAACGAGAUUUUUAUCGAAUUUUGACGACGCGAACAAUCGGUACAAUGAAAUCUUUAUACGUAAACGAACGUGUAAAACGGCUUGACAAACAAGAUAGCACAAGAAUAUGAUGAAUUGGUUGAAAUAUUUUACUGAAACUUAUAUCUGCCAAAAUGACGUAGGAGGUAAGCUCCAAUGAUUGUCCUUAUAUAAGAGAUAUAGUAUAAUAUUACCUAUAGAAUUUGAGUAUAGAAAACGAAUAUAUAUUAUAUACAUAUAGUCAUAUCUAGUAAGAUCUUCUGCAGAUAUGAUGUAAAGAAAAAGAAAAAAAAAAAAGAAAAAAAAAAAGAACACAUUUCUUCCAUACUACAUUUUGGGGCGUGCGCUCACUAGUCAAGCAAUUUUACUGUUUUUAUCAUAUUCUCCUUUUUUUUCUUUAUUAUUAUUAUUUUAUUAUUAUUUUUUUUUGUUUUUUUUUUUAUAUAUAUUAGAAAACUCACUCCUAAUAUUGGUACUUUAGGUAUCCACUAGAUUUCAUUACUAUUACGUUUUCGCGAAUCUAACAUAAAUUUUCUAGCUGUGAUGAUGACGACGAUGACGAAGACGACGAUUGCAUUGUGAAAUAGCCACUGCAUACGUUUAUAAAAUAAGGAAUCGAUAGUAUCGUUAUUUUGUUUGUAAAUGAUGUUUUGCUAGUUACGAUAGAAAAUGAAACACAAAUCUACGGUGAAGUAAAAUGUUUCAAUAAAAGAUGAUGUGACAUUAGCAUAAUUAUGAUAGAAAUUUUUAGCAAGGAGCUCGAAUAUUUCGUGAAAAUUGUGCGGACAAAAUUCCAAGCUCGUAUAUUGCGUUAAUCCAUUAUUAUCGUAGUGGCUAUUCAUUCUAGUGGUAUCAUACUCUAGUAUACAGAUAGAAGAUGAUAAUUUUAAAGCCUGAUGUUAUUAUGAGCAAACAUUGUAAUUGGUGUCUAUGACCAUGAGUUUAUUUGUUAUACUUAUUGUGGCAUACUAUUAUCAAAUCAAUUAGCAUGCUUUGCGUUUAAUACUUGCAAAAAAAAAAAAUGCGUAACAUUGUCCCAUAUACAAGGUUGUUUAUACGAAGGAUAAUAAUAAUAAUAAAGUAUAAAUUCGAAUAUCUUGGUUUUCAAGUAGCAGGGAUGAAAGAAAUAUGUAAAAAAAAAAAAAAAAAAAAAGUCAUCGACAUGAAAGGAUUUAUCACGAUAUAUCACGGACUCUGUGCAAACUCCAUGUACCGUUUGUUUUCUCUUUCUUUUCUUCUUCUCUUUUUUUUUUUUUUUUUUUUUUAACCUUUUCAUGUUUGUGCUACGUACAAUAUUAAAGAGUUCUCUUAUGAAUUCUUUCCGCAUACGUUCUAUCGCGAUCGAUUUAAAAGAAAUCUCACACGCUGCAUGCUUGUUACCGGUUUUUUUUCUCCCUCCCCCCCUCAAAAUUGUUUAAUUUAAGAACGUCGAGCACAUAUAUAUGUACGUAUAUAUAUAUAUAUAGAUAUAUAUGUAUGUAUGUACGUAACGCCGCAGUGUUUUGUAUCCCAAAAUGAUUUCUCUCUUAAUCGCAAAACCUAAGAAUUAAUAUUUUAACGAUAACGAAAAAAAAAAAAAAA